AUGGCUACUACACUAAUUGAAUCGGGGGGUACCAUCUUGCAUCUGGCAGCAAAGUUGGCUCCUCUUCCCCAACUCUCAUCAAUUUCCAGUGCAGCUCUACAAAUGCAGAUAGAGUUGCAGUGGUUUAAGAUGGUGGAGAAGCUAGUUCACCCUUAUUAUAAGGAGAGCCGGAACAAAAACGAAGAAACUGCUAGGGAAUUAUUCACCAACGAGCACAAAGCAUUGGCUGAGAGUGGAGAGAAAUGGCUAAAGGAUACAUCAAAUUCUUGCAUGCUCGUAGCAACUCUCAUUGCCACAGUUGUGUUUGCUGCUGCUUUUACAGUACCUGGAGGUAACGACAACGAAGGAGCUCCAAAUUUCUUAGAGAAGAAGUCAGUCAUAUUCUUGGUGUUUGUUGUUUCGGAUUCAAUAGCUCUAUUUUCUUCUUUAACUUCCCUUUUGAUGUUUCUAUCAAUCCUAACCGCACGUUAUGCUGAAGAAGAUUUCCUCGAGUCACUACCAAAGCGGUUGAUAAUCGGUUUGGCCACCCUCUUCUUUGCCAUAGCCGCCACUAUGGUAGCCUUCGGUGCAACCCUUUUGAUUGUGCUCGGCAAGAAAUUCAAUUGGGUUUCCAUCCCAAUCACUUUUCUGGCAAGUUUUCCGGUGACUCUUUUUGCCUUGCAGCAGCUUCCCUUGUUUAUCCAAAUGGUCCGAUCGACAUUUGGACGGAGCAUGUUUCGCCCAUAA